UCCCCUUCCUCGUCUUCUCCCCUCAGGAGAAGUCGGGAAGGUGGCGGCGGCGGCGGCGGUUGUCCCGGCUGGGCCGGUUGGUGUGGCCCGUCAGCCCGUGUACCACAGCGCCCGCGCCGCGUCGAACCCAGUACAGCCAAGCCGCUGCGGCCGGGUCCGGCGCGGGCGGCGCGCGCUGACGGAGGGCGGCGGCCGCGGCCAGGGCGGCCCGUGGGACCGCGGGCCCCCGGCGCAGCGCCGCCCGGCUCCCAGCCCUGCCGGCCUCCUCCCUUGGCGCCGCGGCCAUGGCGGCCAGCGCGAAGCGGAAGCAGGAGGAGAAGCACCUGAAGAUGCUGCGGGACAUGACCGGCCUCCCGCACAACCGAAAGUGCUUCGACUGCGACCAGCGCGGCCCCACCUACGUUAACAUGACGGUCGGCUCCUUCGUGUGUACCUCUUGCUCAGGCAGCCUGCGAGGAUUAAAUCCACCACACAGGGUGAAAUCUAUCUCCAUGACAACAUUCACACAACAGGAAAUAGAAUUCUUACAAAAACAUGGAAAUGAAGUCUGUAAACAGAUUUGGCUAGGAUUAUUUGAUGAUAGAUCUUCAGCAAUUCCAGACUUCAGGGAUCCACAAAAAGUGAAAGAGUUUCUACAAGAAAAGUAUGAAAAGAAAAGAUGGUAUGUCCCGCCAGAACAAGCCAAAGUCGUGGCAUCAGUUCAUGCAUCUAUUUCAGGGUCCUCUGCCAGUAGCACAAGCAGCACACCUGAGGUCAAACCACUGAAAUCUCUUUUAGGGGAUUCUGCACCAACACUGCACUUAAAUAAGGGCACACCUAGUCAGUCCCCAGUUGUAGGUCGUUCUCAAGGGCAGCAGCAAGAGAAGAAGCAAUUUGACCUUUUAAGUGAUCUCGGCUCAGACAUCUUUGCUGCUCCAGCUCCUCAGUCAGCAGCUACAGCCAAUUUUGCUAACUUUGCACAUUUCAACAGUCAUGCAGCUCAGAAUUCUGCAAAUGCAGAUUUUGCAAACUUUGAUGCAUUUGGACAGUCUAGUGGUUCGAGUAAUUUUGGAGGUUUCCCCACAGCAAGUCACUCUCCUUUUCAGCCCCAAACUACAGGUGGAAGUGCUGCAUCAGUAAAUGCUAAUUUUGCUCAUUUUGAUAACUUCCCCAAAUCCUCCAGUGCUGAUUUUGGAACCUUCAAUACUUCCCAGAGUCAUCAAACAGCAUCAGCUGUUAGUAAAGUUUCAACGAACAAAGCUGGUUUACAGACUGCAGACAAAUAUGCAGCACUUGCUAAUUUAGACAAUAUCUUCAGUGCCGGGCAAGGUGGUGAUCAGGGAAGUGGCUUUGGGACCACAGGUAAAGCUCCUGUUGGUUCUGUGGUUUCAGUUCCCAGUCAGUCAAGUGCAUCUUCAGACAAGUAUGCAGCUCUGGCAGAACUAGACAGCGUUUUCAGUUCCGCAGCCACCUCCAGUAAUGCGUAUACUUCCACAAGUAAUGCUAGCAGCAAUGUUUUUGGAACAGUGCCAGUGGGUGCUUCUGCACAGACACAGCCUGCUUCAUCAAGUGUGCCUGCUCCAUUUGGAGCUACGCCUUCCACAAAUCCAUUUGUUGCUGCUGCUGGUCCUUCUGUGGCAUCUUCUACAAAUCCAUUUCAGACCAAUGCCAGAGGAGCAACAGGCCUUUCUGGAGCAAUGCAUUCUCAAGUGUUUCCUCACGCUCAUUUUGCGGCAACCUUUGGCACUGCAUCCAUGAGCAUGCCCACGGGAUUCGGCACUCCUGCUCCCUAUAGUCUUCCCACCAGCUUUAGUGGCAGCUUCCAGCAGCCUGCCUUUCCAGCCCAAGCAGCUUUCCCUCAACAGACAGCUUUUUCUCAACAGCCCAAUGGUGCAGGUUUUGCAGCAUUUGGACAAACAAAGCCAGUGGUAACCCCUUUUGGUCAAGUUGCAGCUGCUGGAGUAUCUAGUAAUCCUUUUAUGACUGGUGCACCAACAGGACAGUUUCCAACAGGAAGCUCAUCAACCAAUCCUUUCUUAUAGCCUUACAUAGACAAUUUACUGGAACGAACUUUUAUGUGGUCACAUUACAUCUCUCCACCUCUUGCACUGUUGUCUUGUUUCACUGAUCUUAGCUUUAAACACAAGAGAAGUCUUUAAAAAGCCUGCAUUGUGUAUUAAACACCAGGUAAUAUGUGCAAAACCGAGGGCUCCAGUAACACCUUUUAACCUGUGAAUUGGCAGAAAAGGGUAGCAGUAUCAUGUAUAUUAAAAUUGGCUAAUAUUAAGUUAUUGCAGAUACCACAUUCAUUAUGCUGCAGUACUGUACAUAUUUUUCUUAGAAAUUAGCUAUUUGUGCAUAUCAGUAUUUGUAACUUUAACACAUUGUUAUGUGAGAAAUGUUACUGGGGAAAUAGAUCAGCCACUUUUAAGGUGCUGUCAUAUAUCUUGGAACGAAUGACCUAAAAUCAUUUUAACCAUUGCUACAGGAAAGUUACAGAGUCAAAAUUGGAAGGUUUUAUUCAUUCUUGAAUUUUUCCUUUCUAAAGAGCUCUUCUAUUUAUACAUGCCUAAAUUCUUUUAAAAUGUAGAGGGAUACCUGUCUGCAUAAUAAAGCUGAUCAUGUUUUGCUACAGUUUGCAGGUGAAAAAAAAUAAAUAUUAUAAAAUAUGCUAUUGUUUUUGUGUUCUUGCUGCAAUGCCUUUACCAAAGUGGCCUUAAAUAUGAGGAGUGAAUUGAGAACAUCUUGAAUUCUUAAAAGACUUCUUAGUGACUUUUUAUAAAAAGGCCAUGUAGAAAAUUUAUUAAAACUACUGUGACUGCUACAUUCAGGAAUAUGCCAGUGGUAAAGCAUUUAAAUGUAGCUUGUCAGAUUUACCAUAAUCCUACUAAUUUCUUUGCAGCUUAUUAAUUUUGUGAAAUUUGUAUAUAUGAAGAAUUUGCAUGUAUGUGUAUUUACAAAUUUUUCUAAGUAUCUUGAAUUCUCAGACUGCAAAAGGCCUAUUUUAACUAUUGAUUUUUUUAAAAAAAAUUUGUCUUUGAAUGUAUUGGAAGUAGACAUGCAUUAACUGUGACAUUAUUGCACCUGUUUUUUUCUUUCUUUUUUUGGGCAAACUGAUAUUGUCUAUAGGAUAUUUGUUUAUGUUUGUUUUUUGGCGGAAAGAAACUGGAACUCAGUGUUACCUUAAAGUGAUGGAAUACUUUGUUUUAAAGGAAAAGAUAAUAAGUUUAGUUAUAUCUUUUUGUUAAUAUUCAAAUGAACUCGUUUAAGUAUCUAUGUACAGUAAUGCCUCAUUCAUCUAGAGGUAAUCUGGCAGUUUUGUGAAAAUCCAACACAACUCAGAAACUUGGAAUCGUUUUUUUAAAAAAUGCCUCUGAGCAACCCAUAUAAGUCACAAAGUCUGUGUGUUAGAGCUUAUGCAUUUGUUUUUAUGAGAGAUUUUAAUAAAUUUAAUUAUUUGCUUGUCCGGACUAUAGCAUAUUAGCUGUUUAGAAGGGAUGGCUUGAAAGGAAGGAGACUGAAAAAAACUCUGAGGAGCAUACACUGUCCAAGGCCAUUAGUGUAAGGACCGCUAGCCGGCCUAGAGGACAUCACUAUGCUACAUCAUCUGAUGAUCGUUCUUUAUUAUGCCUCUAGGUAAUUAAGUAAAGGUGAAAUUGCAUACACAGAUAUGUAGUACAUAUUUUAAAAGUUUUAUCUUAAAUUGAUUAAAACUUUUUAAAAAGCUUUGGUAUUAAAAGAGGUAAACAUCAGUUUCCUCAAACAUUUUAUUCAUGUUGAAUGCCUUUUUGCAAUGAUGACUGAGUUGUUAUCAUAGUAUUUUAAAACCUGUACAGUGUUUUAGACUUGUUAAAACAUUGCUGUCUAGUGUACAUCUAGCUAAAAGUGUGGUUUAUCUAAACCGUUUUAAUAAGCAAGAUGACUGGGAAAUCUCUGCCCCUUUUCUGAGCAGUAUGCCUCUUCUUUUAGAAUUAAAUGAAUGCUGCACAGGUCCAGAUGUGUGUUGAUGUAGACUUGCAAUGUCUCCACAUUUUGGAGGACUUCCUCAGCCCUUUUCAUAAUAUAUUUGAAUUUCUGUUUUAGAUUGUAUCGGGUCCCAGUUGAUUCAUGUGUACAAAGUUAUGCUACCUAGUUACAGGCCAUUACCCAAAUAUCCUACCAGGCUUUCCAUCUGAGUAGUAAAUUAAACAGUUGUUAUCAAAAUAAUUUUAAAGACUAUUUCUUUUUCUGGGUAACUAUUGAAGUUUGUAAUUAAAUGGGAGCUCUUACUGACUUUAAAUUAGCACUUACAAAAUAAAAAUGUUUAGUUCAAGAAGAGACCCAAGCUGGGUAUGGUGGUAUGAGAGCCUGUGAGUCCUAGCUACCUGGAGGUGAGGUGGGAACAUCACUUGAGCCCAGGAGUUGGAGGCUGCAGUGCGCUACGAUCACACCACUGCACACCAGCCUGGGAAUAGAGUGAGAUCCUAUCUCUAAAAAAUGAAAAAAAAGAAGAGAGAUAGCUUUAAAGUGGUUUGUCUCGUGAUAUUCACUGUUUAUUAUUAAGGAAAAUCAGCUUUCGUUAGACUUUUACAUUCAGAUUUAUUCUAGUUUUAUAUAGACCAUCAAAAUUAUGUUGAGUACUAAAAAGGAGAAAAAAUCCUGGAAGGUAACAAGGCUGAAGACCUUCAAAUUUCCUGGCUUACUGGUUUAGUCACAUCAUUUUUCCUGUUCAGGUAUCUGCAGCUGUCCCUUUUCAGGAAAGAUCUGUUUUUAGGAUGGCAAACUUUUGACAUAGUUUAAAGACAUUUUUUCCUCAUUUUUUGAAAUAGAGAAUAUUUUAUUAUUUUUGUGAAAAUAGAGUUUUGGUUAUCACUUUCUUCCUUAAAAUAAGUCCUUCUGUUAAUUUGUAAAAGCACAUUAGUGCUUUACCUGUGAAAUUCCCUGCCCCCUGCACACACACCCACUUUAGUACAGUUCCCGUCAAUUGGCAACAUGGAGAGGCUGACCUGGCUGCUGCUUUACCACUGUACCAACGUCUCUGGAGCAUUUUAGUUUCAGAACCUUAACACUUAUGAAGAUCCCCAAACAGCUUUGUUGAUAUAGCUUGUAUCUCUGAGAAUUCACUGUAUUAAAAUUAAUACUGAGAUAUUUUUCAAACAUGUUUAUUUAUUUAAAUAUAACAGUAAUAAACUAAUAACUUGCUAACAUAAAUACCAUUUUUGAUAAAAAUAACUUUUCCAAAACAAAAACUAAUGAAAACAGGAACAUUGUUUUACAUUUUAUGCAUUUAAAAAAAUCUGGCUUAAUAAAAGCAGUGAGAUUUUCAUACUGCUUUUGCAUUCCAACUUAAAAAUUACACAGCAUACACACACUGGAAAACUCCACUGUGCACUUGUGAGAUCAUGAGAAUGAAAACUGUAUAAUGUCUCAGUAGUACAAUGAAAAUAGUUUGACUUUUCACAGCCUUUCAAAGAAAGGGUUGUAGGGGCCCUUAAGGGUCUCCAGACUCUUUGAGAACCACUAUACUUUAAAUUUGUGUAUUUCUAGAACAGUAUUUACUUGCAGGGCAAACAUAACUACUUACUGGGUUUUUUUUGUUUGCUAGUGAGAAGAACUGAAAUUGCAGACUUUUUAACACGAAUUCAAGGUAAUAGUAGCAGUGGUAUUAUGGGCUGUGUAUGAGAUAGUCAUUUGCAAAACAGUUUUCAUAUUUCAUCUCUUACAGUCCCUGCAGUGGACCUAUACUUUUAGGACGAAAGGAGCAAAGCAUAGAGAGGUUAAGCUAGUGGCAGCUUUUGCUCUGGGGAAUAGAUUUGGAUUAAAUGCUAUCACAUUUAUAUAUGAAUGCAUUCUUUCUUAAUAUUUUGAAAUUCUGAACAAGUUACGUUCUAUAUCUUGUAUAUCUAAAAAAACUUUAAUCACUUGAAUUCCUUUCAUAAUUUGAUGAAAUCAGUACAGUUUAUUCUUGGAUUUUUUUUUUUAACUUUAGAAGUAAAUUAAUAUGGUAACUAGUGGAGCGUGCUUUAAAUUGAAGACUCAUCUGAAGUAUCACAGACUCCUGUUUUUUAAAGCAUUCCACCUUUAUUGAUACAGUUUGUGGCCUAUAUACUUUUAAAAUUUACUUUUUAAAAGGUGGUAUUAAAAUUUGUAUUUAAUUAACCUGUUGUAUUCAUCCUCAUUAGUUAAGUUUUUCUUUUUAUAUUUUAAAACUUAGUGACAUUAAACUUUUCACGUGGUUGUUUGUGAACAAAUGAAUAUAUAACCACGAUGUAAUCCAGUGUUGUGCUGCUGAAUGUUUAACAGCCAUCUUUCAUGAAAGAAAAAAGGCCCUGUUUUGUAGUGUUUACUAAUAUUUAUGGUAUAAAUACUGUCUUCAUGGUGAUUUUACCUGUCAAUCUGAUGUCCUUAAGUGCAGUUUGAUGAAAGAGAUAGCCAACCAGUGGCUCUCCCAAGCCUUUGCAAACCAGCCUCAGCACAGCAAAGGACAUACAGUUCCACAACUCAUUAAUUAAAUGUAUUGGUCAUUUGAUGAUUAUAUCCAGUAUUUGAAGAGCUUUUAUAUUGUUAAUUCAUUUAGCAAGCAUUUGAACACUUGCUUAUUUUUAGAGAUAUACUGGGCUCUGAGAUAUUUAAUCUGCAAAGACCCAAGUAUUGUGAACCUUGGUUUUAAAAAGUCCAAUUAUUGUGCUCUUUAUAGGGGUUGCACAUUCAAGGCUUACACUGAAUUGUGUCUGCAGUUCUGUUUUGUGUGACCAGCACAGUGUUUUAAAAUGUUGCAUCCUGAAUCCAUCUUUUUAAAAUGGGACAUGUACUCUUAAGGUGGCCACUAGCUUACCACUCCCAAUUUUUCUUAGUCUCAAACAUUCACAUGCUUUUCAAAGCCUUUGAGUUGGCAAAUCCUGAAUAUAUAGUGAAGGUAGGAAAUGGCUCUUCUUAUGCCACAUCUUAGUCUGAUUUUGAAGUCAGUUGUGUAAGUUUGGGCUGACAGUGGUAUUUUCCAGUGAAGACUAUUGCCAAGAAUGCAUAUCAUUCUGCUUAUUUUAUUCUAGUGGAUAAAAAUUCAACGUAUAUUUAAGUGUAUUUUUGACAUCUGUGCUUGUCCAACACAGGGCUAUAGGGACUGAUGAAAAGAGAAUGUUAUGAUUUGAGGUUUUAUAAAAAAGAAUACAAGGAUCCUGGAUAAAAUAUUUUAGAUGGUGAUUAAAAUGCCCAUAGAUUAAUUUUUUAAUUGGUUCUCUGAAAUCUUGAGAUGUUAUCCAAGUUACAAUUUAAGCAAUGAGAGUAAAAUUUGAAUUCUAAAUUCUCAGCAUCUUCCCUCAAUCUUGAGUGGAGAGACAGAGGAAGCAGACGCCAAGGAGCCUUCUAAUUUUGACUAUAUGAUCAUUAACUAAAGGCAGCAAGGGAUUGUAAACUAAUCUUAUAUAGUCAAUGUUUCAUAGAAUGCUUUGGUUACAAUCAGGUUUUUUAAAGACUUUAAAGGUUUUUUGUAUGUUAUAUGCUUAUGAUUUCUAAAAAUUAUGCAGUAUACACAAAGGGCAUAAAGUCAAAAAGUAUGUCUCCUUCUGUGACUUUAUUCUCACACCCCAGAGGUAUAUAAUUUCUUGUAUUCUUGUAUAGUCUUUAAGAAAUGUUAUCAUUUAUUUUAUAUAUGGCUCUCUCUAUAUAUGCCUCUUCCUGUUCUUCCUUAUUUUAAAUGUUCAAUUUUGUGACUUGGUUCUUGUUUAACUUGGUUGUCUUUCUAUAUUGCCACAUCCAGCUCUAACUCAUUAUUUUAAUGUCUCCAGGAUUCCAUUAUAUGGAUGUCCCUUUGGGAGAACAUUUGUUUAUAGACUUUUCUACUAAAAAUAUUGUUACAAUGAUAAUAUCCUUAUGCAUAUAUGAAGAUUACUCUUGAUUCUGCCUGACUGGAAACUUUAUUAAUAAAGUAGACAUCAUUCUAUUUUGAGGCUCACCAGCUGUGUAGGUAUGAUCUUGUGCUUCCAUUUAAGAAAUUCUUUCAUUUAAAGAAGAAAAAAAAAUCUCUCUAAUUGACUAUCUGAAGAUAUAUGAAAAAUCCUAUGCUUUUAAAUUAAACUGUUAAGGCAAUCAGUUCAUUGAAAGAUUGUGCAAGUUCACAUCUAUUUUGCACCUUAAUUUUUUCAUUGUCCCUACUCAUGACUAAAAAGUGCAUGGCUUGGGGCUAUACUUUGUUUUGCAAUUUGUUGGUAUUGUGCCUUUCCUUAUCUACAUUAGCUUAGACUAUACCUUAUUUUUAAGAAGGGAAAGUGGAAAUUAACUAUGGCCAAAUCUAUUUUGGCACAACCAAAUUUGUUCAUUAUUCAAAAUUAGCUUCCUAUGCUUUGGAAAAAAUGUGAGUUAUUACUCUGAAAGUUCUGAUUCUGAUUCCUCGUGGUUUGGAGCUCAGAAAUUUCUUAACAUGUCUUUGCUGUUAGUCAAGCACAGGAUUUGUUUCCUGCAAAAGUUUAUUUUCAAUGAAGAAUACUUGUCCUAAUAGCUGAUAAAAAGUACCUUUGCACUUUAAAUCCUAGGAAUAGGGAACAAGGAAACUUACUGAGAAGUUCAAAAGAAAGAAUAACAGGACCUUCUAGUCAGCAGGGCAUGUUUGGAAAAUGUUAAUACGCCAUGAUUUUUGAAGACCAAUUUUAGUUCAGGAGGUAGUUUUAAAUAUUGGAUGAAAACGUACAGGGUGUUCAGUAUUCAUUUCUGAAAUACUUUAGUAUAAUAGAUAAAUUUGGUUAAGUUCUUGUUCAUUGUGAAAUACUGUUGGAAGAAUUUUUUUCAAAAUAAAGACUUCUGAAUUUAUGUACCA